ACCUUUGAUUUAGUCUCUUGUUUAUUUUUUUCUCCCUCUCUAUUUCUCUCUCUUCUCUUCUCUUCUCUUCUUCCUCUGCCCGUGACCAUGAUUGGAGGUAAGGAACUUCGUAAUGGUGGUGUUGACUCUGCGGAUGAAAGCUCAAGAAGCAAGCUCACAAGGCCGAAUUUUGAGCCCAGCAGGGAGUACCCGGAUAAGAAAGGUGUUGAAUUUCUGAGAGAUUCAGAGAUGGGUGGUGUUCACUCAAAGCCCACAAGCAGCAGCAUGGUUGGUGGUGCCAGCUCAGGAUUGCAAGAACUCACCCUCAGCUACCUCUGUGAUGCACAAGGGCUGGGUCUUGCUGCUGAUAAGGAUAUUCCUAUUCCUGGUAAGAGCUUAUUGCUGAAUAAUCAUUCUUUAGAAAAAGUUGUUAGCCACAAGGGCAAAGAGAUUCUUGUUUCCGAGAAUUCAAAUCAUCUUGAUGGUGGUAAAUUUGUUGAAAGAGAUUUCUUGAGCCUGAGUGAUACCAGAGAGAAUAACUCCUCAAAGCGAUCGGUUGAGGAAGAAGAAGAGGAGCAAGAGAGUAAUAGGGAGAAGAAGCCAAGGCUUGAGACACUGAAUCUCUCUCUUGCUUUGCCUGAUGUCUCACUCUCUCUCACCGCUUCAAACGCCUUACAAAACGGUGCUGAUCAGCAACAACCACAACCGCUUCGGCCUAAACCUACCAGGCCCUCAACUACAACAUGGUCUAAUAAUGAUUGCACAGCAACAGCUUCUUUGUCUUACUCUUACUCUCACCCUUUCUCACACAACCCAAGUUGCUCGCUUACCCGCAAUUCAACUGAUAAUUUUGACUACUCUGUGAGUAAGGAUGACCAAAUUUGGAAUUGUGGGGAGGGGACUAACGGUUCUGUUCACAGUAGGUUCAAGCCAAUUGGAGAUGGGGUUGGGUUUUCCAAUCAUGGUGGUGGUAUUAGCUCCUUUAUGCAGGGAAAUAGCCAGUUUAAGACUACUAGUUCGGAUAAUCAUUCCUUUUUCCCUUCUGAAUUGCCUGCCAGACCAAGAUUUGAAGCUCAAUCUGGGGACUCAAGGGGUAGGAAUUCCGAGAAUGUGAGAUUCUUGGAAGGGUUAGAUGGUGGGGGGAAGAUGAAGAAGCUCUCGAGGCCUGAGAGGAUCCUGAGGGAAGUUGUUUCUGAGUCUGUUCCCGCCGCAGCACUGAUGAUUCAGGAGCUUGCUGAUGAAGUCAUAGCUUCAACCAAGGAAUACCUGAAGAAUCUCAUUGAGAAGCCUGACAAGAAAGAUGAAUUGGUCAGCCUACAAAGCAGGCUUGAAAGGAGAUCUGACCUCUCCAAAGAGACUCUUUCCAAGUGCCAUAAGGUGCAGUUGGAGAUUCUGGUUUCUGUCAAGAUGGGGCUUGCAAACUUCUUAUCUGGUAAAAUUCAAUUAUCUGAAAUGGUAGAGGUUUUCUUGUAUAGGAGAUGUAGGAAUGUUAACUGCAAGAGUCUGCUUCCUGUUGAUGACUGUGACUGCAAGAUUUGCUCAGGGAAUAAGGGAUUUUGUAGUUCUUGUAUGUGUCCUAUUUGUUUGAACUUCGAUUGCGCAAGCAAUACUUGUAGUUGGGUUGGUUGUGAUGUUUGUUCCCAUUGGUGCCAUGCUGUCUGUGGCAUUCAGAGGAACCUCAUCAAGCCCGGGCCGAGCUUGAAGGGACCUGCGGGGACCUCAGAAAUGCAGUUUCAUUGUAUUGGCUGUGGACAUGCUUCUGAAAUGUUUGGGUUUGUUAAGGAUGUGUUCAUGUGUUGUGCAAAGGAUUGGGGACUUGAAACCUUGAUGAAGGAGCUCGACUGUGUGAGGAAGAUUUUUAGGGGAAGUGAAGACCGUAAAGGGAAAGAAUUGCAUGUCAAAACUGAUGACAUGCUGUUAAAGCUUCAAACUAAAAUGGCUUCUCCUUCGGAUGCCUGCAAUUAUAUCACACAAUUUUUCAACUAUGCAGAUAACUUGCCAGACUUUCCCCUUUCUGCCAUAUCUGCAAAGGAUAUAGCAUCAUCUCAAUCCAACAUUACGAAAGACACACCAUCUCUUCCAAAAACUAGUUCCUUAAUGCCUAAAUAUGCUUAUGACAUGAGCUAUUCUAGGCCACAUUCUGGUGCCUUGCCAAAUGAUCUUCAUCAAAAGGACUUCAAAGCUUCCAUAUUAAGUGAACUAAAAACUGAGGCUGAUUUCCAACUGGGGGCUUUGCUAAGGAAAGGUGGACUUGACAGCUUGGAGAGCAUUGUGCGGAUAAAGGAGGCGGAAGCGAAAAUGUUUCAGACGAAGGCGGAUGAAGCAAGGAGGGAGGCAGAAGGGUUCCAGAAGAUGAUCAGGACAAAGACCGCACAGAUGGAAGAAGAGUAUGCCGAAAAGCUAGCCAAACUGUGUUUGCAUGAGACUGAGGAAAUGAGGAGGAAGAAACUAGAAGAACUCAAAGUCUUGGAAGGUUCCCAUUAUGAUUACUAUAAGAUGAAGAAGAGAAUGCAAGAUGAGAUAGAUGGUUUAUUGGAGAGAAUGGAGGCAACAAAGCAGCAAUGGGUUUAAUUUUUGUUUUGUCUUAUAUUUUUUCUUAGUUCAGAAUACUGCUAAAAAUGUGUGUAAUUUAUUGGUCUGCUGCUAUGGUAUUCUGGUUAUUCCCAGAAUGAAUUAUUUUCAAUUGAUAAGCUAAACUCUUUUAA